AUGUAUCCUUCUUACCCAUAUUCACAGUCCGGCUUCGGUUAUGAAACGUAUCACAAAGUCGUUCCGACGCAGUCGUCGUCAGCGCUCCCUCCUGCAUCACAACCACUUCUGCAGCCAGCGGCAGCCGUUCCAUCCACGUUAAUACCCGCCCGAUUCCAAAAUCCCCACGUAUUAGUUCACAAGUCCAAGGUACCCAAGACUUCUAGACAAACCCCCAAACACAAGCCCCAACUUCCUCAACAACGAAAUUAA